AGUGACACAAGCCAUCCAUGUCCAGGAGCUGUUUUAACCUUGUUAUCUAUCUUUGGUCACCCUCUCUCACACAUCUUCCAAUCCUCCACUUGAGGCUCCCUGUUGGUCCGGCUGAUCCCCCACAGUGCCAGGUUCGCCGGCUCCCUGUUGGUCCGGCUGAUCCCCCACAGUGCCAGGUUCGCCGGCUCCCUGUUGGUCCGGCUGAUCCCCCACAGUGCCAGGUUCGCCGGCUCCCUGUUGGUCCGGCUGAUCCCCCACAGUGCCAGGUUCGCCGGCUCCCUGUUGGUCCGGCUCUUCCCCCACAGUGCCAGGUUCGCCGGUAAGUCCCCUCUCCGUUUUAGACACUUUCCCUCUCUCCAGUCAAACCUUGGAACCCUCCACUUGAGGCCCGUGCCCGCCCCCCCAAAGGGAUCUGUUAGGUGAUUAUUACAACUUGCCCCCGCCAUCCGUCCCCCGGCCACGUCUUACUUAUGUACACAGCUAUCACUACUGUGCUAUGGGUAAAAUAGUUUUCUGUUCAUUAUUUCUUAUCACCAGAGAUCAAUUAGAACUGACGAUCGUUGGCCGUGUAUGUUUGGCCAUUUGUUAAUACUUGACAAGCUCAGAGUUUAUAUGAAAAGAUAUGGUGUAAUAUCCGCCUAUUGAUAUCAUUUUUUCAUGUUUAUGUACAUUUCACUACAUUUUGUUUGCUUACUUCCCUUUGUGAUUGAAUUGUUUACCUUGACUUGGAAAAUGAAAUACAUUGUGAGGGAACUGGAGGUUUAGAGGGUGGCAUCUAGCAACCACAGAGCUCACGAUCAGCUCACUGUCCUCUGCACAUAUUCACGCUUAACGAACUGUGAGAGGUCGGCGGACAGAGAGUGAGAGAGAGAGAGUGGGAGAGA